AUGGCAUUAUUUUAUGAUCAAUCGUUCGAUUUGGUUCAAAAAAUAAGCGUGGAGACAGAAAGAGAUUUUAUCUUCAACACAAACAUGGUCCAAAUUACAGGUGUAACAACUAAGCAUUCGUUGUCUUCUCCUGAACUCGAAAAAACCUACCAUGCUGAAGGGCAAAGAAAAAGAAAGAGGACGAUUUUUAGCCGCGCUCAAUUGUCAGAAUUAGAGCGCGCUUUCAUGAUUACGCCAUAUCCAGACAUCACUAUGCGAGAACGACUGGCUGCACUCACAUUACUUCCAGAAAGCAAAAUUCAGGUGUGGUUCCAAAACAGACGAGCUCGAUGUAUGAAAAGCAAGAAGCUGACUACAUCAGUUAGGAGAAGUCCAGGCAGGGAAGUGAGUUCUAACUCUAUACCUGUAGCAGCUUUUCCACCGACCCAUCUUGAUUUAAACCCAGAACAAAAUUCUGGCUUUCCAGAACAAAGAGAAAGACCAGAGGCCAACAGAGGCCUGCGUCACCAUCAGGAAAGCCUUAGACCAGUUCUGAGUCCCUGGUCUCAAAACCUUCCGCAUCCAAUGCCACCCCGUCCAGACAUUUCUCCAGACCUACCUGGAGUUCUACAGUGGGCCAACAGACACUCUGAAACACCUGGAGUGUCAUCUUUUUCCAAUUGCCCAUCAGACAGGUUGGCUCAAUAUUCAUUCCAAAACCAGUCAAGCAGUCACUGGCAGAUUAACUGCUUUUCAUCUCACCCUGACAGUUUUUCUGGACAUAAGUUGUCUUACUGUACUGCCAAUCAGGCCAUAUAUUCUUCCAUGUCUGUGGACCAAAUGAUUCCUACACAUCAAACCAGUUUGGAGGAGGCACUACAGAGACAAGCUCUGGCACAUUACCCUCAGACCUCAUUGGGAGAUAUCUCUGAGCUCAUAUACAAAGCAGCUGUAGUUACCAAUCUGGAAGACUACUAA